AUGGCCAGAACAAAGCAAACAGCCUGCAAGGCCACUGGCGGAUCAGCAGGUCGUGUGAGGUUACUGAUAGGCAGCGCUGCAGGAAAUAGUUCGGCUGUUGGGCGACAGGAUGAUGUUGAAGUUUGCGAAGGAUUUCGCCACAAUGAUUUCUGUAUAAUUUGCAGAGAUGGUUCUGUGGACGACGACUUUCUCCUGUUGUGCGAUGAAUGUCCAUGCGUUGUCUGCACCCACUGCAUCAUGAUUCCCCUUGCUUUUGCGCAAGCUGUCCGUGCACCGCAUGUGACCUUUCGCUGUAUCUGCUGUCACGUUACAGGACAGCGCCAAGGAGGCAAUGCCUUGGCGCCAUACUUUGGUUUCUAUAGGAACAACAAGCCGGUACUGGACUCGUUCCUCCCUAUCCGCGCUGCCCUCGAGAUCAACGUGACAUCACAACUCUCUUCCGACACUCUCCUCUUCGUUCAUCUCACCCUGGUGGACUAUGAUACCAUUGGUACCUCAUUCGAACUCACGCAUCAAUUUUUGAUGCCAUACUUUCCCAACGCCGGCAUGGAGUACCACAAGGUAACUUUUGAUGUUGGUACCACCUCCAAGGUCAAGACAUACGAAGACAGCAUGGCGGCCCUGGUGGACAAACUAUCUAGUACCACCUGGAGCCGCAUUGUCUUUGGUAUAUCUAACCAUACUGACAACUCGUCUGGAGACCCAUUUGUAGGGUAUGAAAGAAAGACAUAUGUUGCUACUCCAGUUCAUGAUUUUUUGGCCAUCAUUCUUGGACCAUGGCAGGCUCUCAUUGAUCGCACGCCGGAAUCAUUCCUUUGGCUCUUUUCUUGUGGGGCGCUGGUCAACAAUGCAGAAUCCUUUUCUAAUUUGCGUGUUUCGGUUGCCCAUCAUGGCGUUUCAGCUGCCAUAGCGUUCAACGCUGUCCGAUUCCAACCAAGCUUCUCAGCUCAUCUCUUGCUUGCUUUCUGCGAGCUCGUCCUCAUCCAAUGUCACUCUAUUCAACAAGCAUUCCCCAACAUGCUAGGCCAGUCCUACAAGCUGGGCCGCCAUUCAGACAUGUUUUUGCUGUUAAAGCACGACAUCAACUCUGUUGACGUUUUCAGAUACUGCUGGACUCAUUCUCACCUCUGCCCUUGGGGCAAUUUCCUGCCGCUUCAGUGCCCUGACUGUGGUUUGGUAGACGCUUGGAACUCUGCUAACCACCAGAAGGAAUAUUCGUUUGAGUGUAAGGGUGAAAAUUGCAGGAGGGGUUUUGUGUUUAGUGCGCCAGCUAACUCAAGGGUGCUUAUACCAGGCAAAACUCGUGUUUCCAGUUGGAUUGAGAUCCCUUUGUGA